CGCAAAUUCCCAAUCCUGCUCUCGUAACCUGGCCUCUUAUUUGGAUAUUAAACUGUGACUUGCUCCCACCUAUUUUUGUUAUUAAUCCGCGCAGCCCACGGUCCCGAUACAGAGGUACAAGUCAGGCAAAAUGGAUAAGCGCCAGCAGCCGAGCUCGUUUCAACAGCUCGAGAAGCUAGGUGAAGGUACAUAUGCGACUGUAUUCAAAGGGCGCAAUCGCCAGACCGGUGAAAUGGUUGCAUUAAAAGAAAUACAUCUAGAUUCAGAGGAAGGCACACCGUCAACCGCGAUAAGGGAGAUUUCACUCAUGAAAGAGCUCAAGCAUGAGAAUAUCGUCUCGUUAUAUGAUGUGAUCCAUACCGAAAGUAAAUUGAUGCUCGUUUUCGAAUAUAUGGACCGGGAUUUGAAGAAAUACAUGGACCAGCGAGGCGAUCGCGGGCAGCUGGAUUACCUCACUAUCGUAUCCUUUAUGCAGCAACUCCUCCGCGGCAUCGCAUUUUGCCACGAAAAUCGCGUCCUUCACCGGGAUUUAAAGCCUCAAAACCUUCUCAUCAACAACAAAGGAAAGCUCAAGCUUGCAGACUUUGGCUUAGCGAGAGCAUUCGGUAUUCCGGUGAAUACUUUCUCCAAUGAAGUCGUCACUCUUUGGUAUCGAGCGCCCGAUGUGCUACUUGGAAGCAGGACAUAUAACACUAGCAUUGAUAUUUGGUCUGCUGGAUGUAUCAUGGCUGAGAUGUACACGGGCCGUCCGCUCUUCCCAGGCACUACGAAUGAAGAUCAGCUGCAGAAAAUUUUUCGUCUUAUGGGAACACCCUCCGAACGCUCGUGGCCGGGUAUAUCCCAGUUCCCGGAGUAUAAACCUAAUCUCCACGUCUACGCAACUCAAGAUUUACGACUGAUCCUCCCUCAGAUCGAUCAGCUUGGUUUAGAUCUCCUUAGUCGGAUGCUUCAAUUACGGCCUGAGAUGCGGAUCAGUGCUGCCGAAGCGUUACGCCAUCCCUGGUUUCACGAGUUAAAUCAGAUGCAGGCGCAGGAAGCUCAUCAUCAAGCUGCGAUUCAUCAGCAACAGCAACAUGUGACUGCCGGAUAUGGCGCUCAAGGGAUUGUUUCACAAGGCUACUAGGAAAAAUCUUCGCGACCGGGUGGGAUAUUGGUUUUCCUUUCUAUAGCGAGGCGUUUUGAGCUGGGUACCGUUGUCUCUUUUCUCCUCUUUUUUUCUUUUUUUUUUUUUUUUUUACACCUGUUACUCGUAGAUUCCUGAUUCUUGAUGAUUUCGAUCUAUCCCAACGGUAGUAAUGCCUAUUAACCCUUGAAAAUUGCGGG